CCAAGGCUGACAGAGACAUUAACCCUUUCCCCCUACUGUCGCCCCUGUCCUCGCAAAAUGCUGCUCGUGGAGGGAGCCCAGGAAAAGGCAAGGAGAAGGCAAGCGACGAUCCCUUCGACAAGUUGUUCAAUUCGCCUUCAUUUCUCGCGCGGAAUAGACGCACGACGGAGUUCCCGGAACUCUCCCCGCUUUCCUCUCCUGCAUCAAAGCGUACCUCGCCGCCACCGCGGGCACCGUCGCGUGCGAAGCUCAAGCUAAUCUCAAGCAAGGGGAGGAAUACGGUGGUGUCAUCUUCUGGAGAGGACGAAGACGAGAGACAGCUCGCCCCAUUCCCGAUGGCGACCCAGGUGCUGGAGAGUUUACGCAGGGUGUCUCCAGUCACCAAGCGCACGACGCAAGACAGAGGCAUCGAAGAAGAGAACGCGGCAUACAGAAAGAAACGACGGGGCGAUUCCGAGAAGAUCUCGCUGGAUGUUGACUGGGGUUCCGACGACGAAAUGUUCCUAAACCCAGCCGUUGAUCCUAAGACGCUCUGCCCGUGGUGCGACGAGCCCCUUCCUUCGGACCCAACACCGCACCUGCGCGCACUCAUGGCCGCUGCGAAGCACGUGUCGUAUCCGGACGACCGGUUGACCAACCCCCUCGGCCUGCGCGCCCCCCUCGCGGCUUUCGUCGGCGUGUGCCAGCGGCAUCGCUUCGAGCGCAACUGGAUUCCCCGCGCACGCAAGCGAGGCUGGCCGACGACAAUUGACUGGGAUGCGUUGUCGGGAAGGAUCUCCCGGCUCCGCGGACACCUUCAGGCGAUCGUGGACGACGUCGAUGGGGAGUUUGCGGCCGAGGCCUCUCGUACGUGGAGGGGAGGCAGCCGGCGGCCGAGAAAGGAGAACGAGUUCUGGAUGGAGGUCGUCAAGAACGUGCGGCAGCAGGGCUCACGGCAGACCGCGGGUGUGCGCGGGCAGUUUUUGCACUUCAACAAGACACAGCCGGGAUAUUAUGGAGAACUGGGGUAUGUCAUCAUCCACCAGACACUCUGCGAUUUGUUCCCGCCCGCGGACUUCCAUCCGGACGCGACGCUCCCGCUUACCCCUUCUGACUUCAUCUCCCUCGUCCUCGUUCCGGAGGCUGCGAUGCGUCUAAUUAUGGAGGACCUGUCUUUGCCGAGAGACCAGGCGAUUGAGACGCUCCGUGAGAGCGUCGAGUACGGCGUGGCGAUGUUCCCCGUGGACGAGGGCGAAGGCGAGGCAGGCAGUAACAAUUCGAGCGCGAAGGGUGGAGGGCAGUUGGUAGUCGGUGCGGGCGAGCAGAUGUUCAUGGAGCGGGCGCGGGUGCGGCGGAAGGAGCUCGAGGAGGAGGAGCGGAUGGAGGCAGAGGAGGC